CAACCUGUGUCUCUCAUUUCUUUCCAUGCAGACAUUUCUCCUGAAGAAGCAGGACAAUGUACAAGAUCCAUUUUGACUCAUUUUAAGCAUGUGACUAAAAUGGUUGUGUUGGAUUCUUUUACUGCUGUUGGUUAUAUAUCUGAAGUGUGGGGAGAUGAUUUAACACCACCUUUUCUAAGAGUAUUACACACAUCUCCUGCAUCUCCUGUUGAUUUAGCACUGUUUGAACCACCCAAUAUGAUCAAGGGAUUAUCUGCUUCCAUCAUCAACUACUGUGAAAUACAUGGUAUUGCAUGUUAUGAUCUAUUGACACUUCAAGAAUCCAUCUAUGGUAAACUGAUUGUGACAACCGAGAUUCUAUCUGCCUACACUGCAGGUUUGAAAUCACUUGGCCUUCAUUUGACAUUGGAUGAAAAUAAGGUGAAGCAGGGCCUUGUUGAUGAUAGUCAUCAUCGCCUUUACCUUUAA